AUGCAGGGAGCACAAAUUAAAUCUAAAUCCUUUUCUGUCCUGCAGAAGAGGCAUAAACUGUCCAAAAUAAGGAAGAAGAAAGAAAAGAAGAAGAAGCAGCAGCAGCAGCAAGAGGAGUCCAAGCCUGUACAAAUAUCCAAGUUUCUAAAAGAUAAAAAGAAGAAUGAGAACUAUAGUAUGAUAACUGGAAAAAAGAUAAAGAUGAAAGUGAAGAAGAGCAAAGAAGAUAAGGAGAGAGAUAGAAAUCGGGCUAAACUUCUGGAGUUCCUGAACUCGUCUAUGUAACUGACAGACCCUCUAGUCACCUGUACAUUUUUAAUAAACAAGGUUUUUUUUUGUUAUUUUCAUGCAUUUAAAAAUGGAAGCCUUCACAAAAAAAGGAUUCUGCUGAAUUAAAUGGCCACUCCAAGCAGCAGGUAAUCUUCCAAAUGUCACAACUUGCCACUUUGGCUGCUCCUUCUUGCUCAGGUGGGGUGGUUUGGCAUGGAGUUUGCUUUUAUGAUUUUUGUUGCAGAAUGCAUAUUGUGAUUGGUUACUUAGUAAAGGCUGCUUGCAAGGCUCUGUUACAUCAGCCAUUCUCUGCAUGGAUCUUUGAGCCAAAUGAUCGACUAUGGGAAGAGCAGCCAAGAGCCGACAGUUUUUUGUUUCUUUGGGAGCAAUUGGUCACAAUCGGAGCCCCUUUCCUCACAAUGACACAUUGAUAGUGUAACAUAUACUCUAAAACAGUGUUUCUUAAAGGGGUUGUUUACUUUUACAUUAACUUUUAGUAUGAGUAGACUGUGCUGUUCUGAGACAAUUGCCAAUUUGUGUAAAUUUUUCAUUUUUUAUGUUAACGAAUUAGGUUUUUGGUUCCAGUUUGAAAUGUCAGUAGCUAUCCGGUUGCUGUAGUCCAGUUUACCAUAGAAACCAGACAGUGGUUUGAAUGAGACUGGAAGAUACAUAGAGGGUCUGUAUAGACAGACAAGUAAUAAAAGUAACAAUAAAACGAUUUCUCGGAGAGAAAGUGGCUCCAUGUGUCAAGCCAGAAAGAGACAAAAGAGCAAAUAGUAUAAAAAAUAAAGACAUGGAAAAGUUGCUAAGAAUAUAACAUUGUAUAAUAUGCUGAAAGGUAAGUUAAAGGUGAACUAUCCCUACCUUUUUUUUUUUUUGACAAGUUGUGGGAUCAGCUUUGCAACCAGAAAUGCACCUCGUUUCAAUAAUUUAUGUUCAUUUGGAGAAAGACAUUUCACAAUAUAUUAUGCCUCAAAUGCAGCCUCUAUGUUUAGCCCCAGGCAUAUUCCUAAAGCUGUGCUGCCCCUCCAUCUUACAUGCAGUUGCCAGGCAGCCCUCACUGCAUUUAGACUUGUGCAUAUACAGUAUACUCCAGUUGUCUGGAUUUAAUAAAUUGUGCAAAUCAGUCAACCCCCCCCCCCCCCCCAUUGAAUUCAGCUUUCUUUGUCCCAUAACUUUCAUUCAUUUUACUUUAUUUUUAAUGUUUGUGUAUCUAGAGAAAUUGCCUAAAUGUGCUUGAAGGAACAAUGGUGAUUUCUGUGAAAAUGUAUUUAAUGUCCUAAAUAUUUCUGAGCUAUGGCUGAUAAAGUAAUGUUUCCAUAUAUCUGUAACCAUGUUAUGGGCUUGAUGCAUAAGUCCACAAAGCGCUGCUUUAACAGAAGAUAUUGCAACAGACCUAUCAAUCAAAGUCAGGGAUCAUUUCUAUUCCCCAUAUUAUGAAACUGCAAAACACUGUUGUAUGUGACGCAUCAGCCAACUAUAACUCUCAGACUCUGCUGCCAGCCAGAGCCUUGCCGAGCUCUCCUAUAUCCAUCUCCUGCCAGCCAGAGCCUUGCUGGGCCCUCCUAUAUCCAUCUCCUGCCAGCCAGAGCCUUGCUGGGCCCUCCUAUAUCCAUCUCCUGCCCGCCAGAGCCUUGCUGGGCCCUCCUAUAUCCAUCUCCUGUCAGCCAGAGCCUUGCUGGGCCCUCCUAUAUCCAUCUCCUGCCCGCCAGAGCCUUGCUGGGCCCUCCUAUAUCCAUCUCCUGUCAGCCAGAGCCUUGCUGGGCCCUCCUAUAUCCAUCUCCUGCCCGCCAGAGCCUUGCUGGGCCCUCCUAUAUCCAUCUCCUGUCAGCCAGAGCCUUGCUGGGCCCUCCUAUAUCCAUCUCCUGUCAGCCAGAGCCUUGCUGGGCCCUCCUAUAUCCAUCUCCUGCCAGCCAGAGCCUUGCUUAACCACCCCCAUAUCUAUCUGCUUCCAGCCUGAGGAGCCUUGCUAGCCCCCCUGUAUCCAUCUGGUUCCAGCCAAAAUGAUAAUAGCAUUAUAUCAUUUUAUGACAGCAACUUGUCCAUUUAUAUAUCUGUAUGUUAAAAAUGAUAAAUCCUGCGAUGAGGAAAAGGAGUGACAGCAAAUAGAUCCUUUUCCUCAUUGCAGGAUUAAUAGUUCUCUUGAUUUGUUGUUUUGUUGUCCCAUGUCUUUCGGAUGAUUGUGAGGUUCAUUUGUAUAUAUUUUGUAUUUUCAUUAAAAAAACAAUCAUAUUUCUA